AUGACCCCUGGCGACAAAUACACGGUUGUUGAGGCAGAGGUGCCGUUGUCCGAGGUGCAGCGCUAUGCCCAGGAUAUGCGUUCACUGACACAGGGGCGGGGCAGCUACCAGCUUGAGUUUGACCAUUACGACCCGGUUCCGCCAAACAUGGAACAGCGAGUCAUCGAAGAAGCCAAGCGGGUACGGGAAGAGGACCGGGCGUAG